AUGGAGUGGAUCGAGUACAGUCACCCAGCUUUGCUGAACUCUUAACUUAACUUAAAUUUAUAGCGCUUUACGUCCCUUCGGGGUUGACAUCCCAGACCUUUCCGCCAUCUCUUCCACGCAUCGGGCCCACAGGCCGCUGGGACAGUCUGCUUCGUUACACCAGGGUGCGUUUGGAGAGGUGUUGCCGGCUUCGACGGCUCAUGAGUGCACUGUAACAUGGGUUGUCUUUCCGAAAAUCCAUAAAAAAUGGAUUUUCUGGUCGACUCUUGGCAAAAAGGAAAAAAACGUAGCCUUAGACAUAACGCCCAGUUUCACUCUAGGGAGUUGCCCGAUUGGUCCAAAGGACUUUGCUGAGCUCCCCCUUUCCAACUUCCGUGCCCUCCUUCCCCAUGAGAAAAAAAUCCACCUCUGAGAUUAGACUUGGGCUAGGCUCUGAGCAUAACCAGAAUUUGUUAUCUAGCAUUGCUAUCCAUCUCUGAAACGGUAAAACCUUGCCGGAUACAAUUAAAAUAUGAGUCGGAGGAUGCAUGGCCAGGAGGCCAUGCCUAGACGAAGACGCCAUAUUUUAAUUAUGCUUUGCUGAACUCAAUGCUUUACACAGCCUUAAGCCCAUUUCUCUGGACUAUUAUAGCCCGCUUUGAGUUUCACACAAAAGGAAUUUCAAAAAUGUUCUUUGGCCACAAAAGAGCAGCCGUAGGACUAUUCGGUGCAAUAAUUUUCACACUUAACCUUGUAAGAGGUUUUGCAUUCCAUGAAGCAAUAGAAAACGAGCCACAAAUGGACAUUGACAGUUUUGCACUUGACGUAGCAUCCUACGCCUUUAUAAUUAUUGGACAAUUUUUUGUCGCAGCCUCAUUUUACAGAUUAGGAAUAGUUGGAACAUAUUAUGGAGACUAUUUUGGAAUUGCUCUUUUUGAUGGACCGCUAAAGUGUUUCCCAUUUAGCGUUUGUAAUGAUCCCAUGUACUGGGGAUCAACGGGAACUUUCUUUGGAUAUGCUCUCUUGGGGAGAAGCCCUGCUGGGAUUUUCUUAACCGGAUGGGUAGCUAUUUGCUAUAUGAUUGCUGUAGCUUUAGAAUCCCAGAUGCUGCAGGUCAUCUAUCCAAAGAAAAUCGAAUAA